GUCGACAUCUAUCUUUUUAGGGUGUUUUUUCAAAAUUUGGGUCUUAAGUUUUAGAAUCGCGUUUGCUACAUUUUAUAGGCUCCCCUUUUCUUGACUUUUCUCCUGCUGUGAGAGAAUUCCAAGACAGGUUUCAGGAAAUCCUGCUAGGGAUUAACACUUUUCUAGCUGUUUCUUGAAAGAGAAAAUAAUGGUGCAGCUCAGUGCAAAAUUGCUUCCAAGUAAGCCCCAUUGGACAGUAUGGAUUUACUUUCAGGAGGAAGGCAGAGCGAUGUCCCGUCUCUCUCUGACACGGUCCCCAGUUUCUCCCAUUGCUGCUCAAGGAAUUCCUCUCCCUGCCCAGCUCACCAAAUCCAACGCCCCGGUGCAUAUUGAUGUAGGUGGUCACAUGUACACCAGCAGCCUCGCGACCUUGACCAAAUACCCGGAUUCCAGAAUAAGCCGCCUCUUUAAUGGCACGGAGCCUAUUGUCUUGGACAGUUUAAAACAACACUAUUUCAUUGAUCGAGAUGGUGAAAUAUUCAGAUACAUCUUGAGCUUCUUAAGAACUUCAAAACUGCUGCUCCCAGAGGACUUUAAGGACUUCAGUCUUUUGUAUGAAGAAGCCAAGUAUUACCAGCUGCAGCCGAUGAUCAAGGAACUCGAGCGGUGGAAACAGGAGAAGGAGCAGAGGAAGCAUUUCCAGCCCUGCGACUGCCUGGUGGUGAGGGUGACUCCCGACCUGGGUGAACGGAUUGCCCUGAGCGGGGAGAAGGCGCUGAUCGAGGAGAUCUUUCCAGAGACGGGGGACGUGAUGUGCAACUCGGUGAAUGCUGGCUGGAACCAGGACCCCACCCACGUCAUUCGGUUUCCCUUGAACGGGUACUGCCGGCUGAAUUCAGUGCAGGUUCUUGAACGGUUGUUCCAGAAGGGAUUUAACAUGGCGGCAUCCUGUGGUGGAGGCGUGGAUUCCUCCCAGUUCAGUGAAUAUGUGCUGUGUCGUGAGGACAGGAGACCACAGCCCAAUGCCACAAUCAGAAUAAAGCAAGAACCCUUAGAUUAAGGGCCUACCCCCUCCCUCCUUUGAGACAGGAGAUGUGUUCAGAAGUCCCUUGGGUGGAAACACUCAGGACAAUACAAGCAGUAUUACGCAGGAGCAGCCAGCCUGUUUCUGAAACGACCCUGCUGCAGUGGCCAGCCAUGUACUCUCACUUGGAAACCAAGACAAUGACACAAUAUAGGGUUGGUUGUUUUAUUACUCAAGUCAUCAAGGUGCACUUGGAAGCCUGACAUGGGAUUGUGUGCUUCUGGCACAAGGAAAGAAGUGAUGCUUCUGUAAAGAACUGACUUUGGACUGCAUUUGGUGGAAAAGACCAAUUUAUGUAAUUAAAGUAUGUUGUAUUGAAGGAAUAGGCCCACCAGCUUUCUUGAGGAUGGCUCCUCUUAUGAGUGUGUCAAGACCUUGACAGUUGCCACAAGGAAGCUGGUGGUAUGCUGAGUGUCUUCCCUGUAUCCCCAGCCAAGUGCUAUCUCUGGCCUGUCAGUCAUACUUUCAUAUUUCCAUUUGUUACUCAUUACCUUUCUCAUUUCUUUGAUUCAUUGCAAUUAUGGCAUAUUUUUCUACGACACCUACAGUUGUCUUAGAGAAGCCACUUCAGAUAGGGACCAAAGCUGUUAACGGUGCUGAACAUGAUUUCAUUCUUUUCAGUCCCACAAAGCUGUUAUGGUGCUGAACAUGAUUUCAUUCUUUUCAGCCCCACUCCCCCAUACACAUAUUCAUCUCACACAGCUGCAAAUUCUCAAAAAUGGAGGUUCAAAUCAAGUCCUUUUGCAAAGUUGCACGACUUUAAAUAGGUCCUGAGAUGGACCCAAGUUAAGGUUGUGCCAUUCUUUUAUUGUAGUCAUUAAGAAUGGAAACUGGCUAAACAUGUCUUAGUUACCUUUCAUUCUUCAUUUGAAUUCAGUCUCCAUAUUGUGUUGACCCAUGGAAAUAGAUGAUGCCAACACUGAUUGGAUGUUGUGUGUCAUCUUUUUAAAUGGCACCCACAAAGGUAUGGUGCAUUUCUUCUUUAAGCAAAUACUUUAAAUGCUUUGCUUCCAUUCUCAAGCCCUUUGGCAUCAGCAUUCUUUGAGAAAAUAAACUUGGCUUUCUAUCUCUGA